GCGUAGAGGCGGUCCGGCUGCUUCAGUUUCUGUAAUCGCUUUUUUCUGCUACCUUCAGUUAAAUAGCGACGAGACGAGAACGAGCGGACGGCCCGACUCUGACUACACGGUAUCAUCCAGGAAAAGAGAACCGGGACUCCACAUCGACGGCCGCUCGGCAGGGCCAAGAUGUCUAGUGAGGUGCAGAGACCAGAUGACAGCCCCAGCACAAGCGGAGGGAGUUCAGACAUCGAGCAGCGGGAGACAGCACCUCCUCAGCAGGAGCGGGAUCUGGUGGCGCCCAAGAAGAAGGAGACCAAGAUCUCCAGUAAAACCGCUGCCAAACUCUCCACCAGCGCCAAGAGGAUUCAGAAGGAGCUUGCAGAAAUCACACUUGACCCUCCACCGAACUGCAGCGCCGGCCCCAAAGGAGACAAUAUCUAUGAAUGGAGGUCAACUAUUUUAGGACCACCCGGCUCUGUGUAUGAAGGAGGGGUCUUUUUCCUGGACAUUGCAUUUACACCUGACUACCCAUUUAAACCACCCAAGGUAACGUUUCGUACGAGGAUCUAUCACUGUAACAUCAACAGUCAGGGUGUGAUCUGUCUGGACAUCCUGAAGGACAACUGGAGCCCGGCGCUCACCAUCUCGAAGGUGCUGCUGUCCAUCUGCUCUCUCCUCACAGACUGUAACCCAGCGGAUCCUCUGGUCGGGAGCAUCGCCACACAGUACUUGACCAACAGAACAGAACAUGACAGAAUAGCUAAACAGUGGACGAAGAGAUACGCCACAUAAAGCCUGGCUCCCGUCCCGUCCCGUCCCGUCCUCGACUCAAACACACACUAUACCCCCCUCAGCCCUGCUGUGCCUCUACCUCUCUCUCCCCGUCUGCUGAAGCACACUCACCAAGUGCAACAAUAGAUCUGGCCCUUCUUCCUUCCAACUUCCUGUAGACCUUUCUGUGAAGAAACUCUCCUUUGUUGACUUGAAAGCUUCUUUUUAUACAAAGAGUAGAUUGGGACUUUAUUUUCCAAUUAUCUGAAUGUUUGAAUUCCCUUGGGAGAAAAGGAAUACUAUUGUUAUUAUUAUUAUUAUUAUUAUUAUUAUUGUCCUUCAACUUAAUGUAUGCAUAUCCUUUCUUUUAAAGUGGCAUCAGGAACAAAUACAGCUUAUAUGAACUACUUUGAGUUUCUCAUAACUGUAUAAUGUAUUUCUUUAAUUUCUCCUCUCUCUCCUUUUGUUAGAAGUCAGUAAGGUUUCCAUGCAUGUAACUGCAAACUCUGCCCUCUUGUUUUGUUUGUAUGUAUUUUUUAAACUCAAUGUCAUGGCGGCCAUUGGACGAUAGGCUUGCUUGUGAAUAAAAAUAAAAAAACAAUAUGAAAAGGACAAAAAAAAUGAUGUGUACAUAUUGCUACAUGCUAGCUCUGGCCAGAAUGGACUGUUGUGCACUUGCUUCAUGAAAAACAGCAUAAAUAAACACUGUGGCUGAAUUGUCA